UCUGACUCUUCUUAUAGCCUCACACAAACACCCACAUGAUUUGGUCACUGGAGCAUGACAGGGGGUGGGGGUAAUCCAGUCUCAGCCUUCAAGUUUCUUUGGUUAGGUAAGAAAAUUAGACGAUGGCAUGCAAAGAUCCAGCACAUGAUGAGUCCUGUCAUAUCUAGACACCAUCCGCUUUCACCUUCUGUUUACUGAAACUGCCGUCCUUCUUUAACCAGAGAUAUGGAAGAAAGUGUGAUCAUGCCGUUUAUCCGCAAGUACCUAUGGUUAUGGGUGGUCGUUGGCAUGGUUUUCGUGUCUGUGGUGAUCAGCAUCAUCUUCCUUUUCAUCUGCAAGUGCGUAUCAAGAAAAGGCAAACACAAAAUCAACCAUUUAAAAAAGGAAUUCAACUUCAAAACUGAGAGCAACAAAUACCAGGAGAGAAGCAUUGAAACGGGCACUCCUCCUCUACCUCCGCGGACACAGUUUCUCAUGGCAGAAGCCCAAAGCUACGAGAACCUGGCUGAGGAGAGCCAGAGCAUCCACGACUACGAGGAUGGCAACUGUGAGCAGGAUCUAAGCAACCACGAGGAAAGCAUCCAUGACUACGAGGAUGGCAACUGUGAGCAGGAUCUAACCAACCACGAGGAAAGCAUCCACGACUACGAGGAAAGCACAGAACUCCAGGCUGACUACAUCAAGAUGGAGGGAGACAUAAAGUUUCCUCCUCCUCCAGUCUUCAACAGCAUGAACAGUAGUGUUUUGGAGGCCCAAAGCUAUGAGAACCUGGCUGAGGAGAGCCAGAGCAUCCACGACUACGAGGAUGGCAACUGUGAGCAGGAUCUAACCAACCACGAGGAAAGCAUCCACGACUACGAGGAGAGCACAGAACUCCAGGCUGACUACAUCAAGAUGGAGGGAGACAUAAAGUUUCCUCCUCCUCCAGUCUUCAACAGCAUGAACGGUAGUGUUUUGGAGGCCCAAAGCUAUGAGAACCUGGCUGAAGAGAACGACUAUGUGGAGAGCAUGGACAAUCAGCCGGACUAUGUAAAGGUGGACGGGGAAGAUCAAGCAGGAGACAACACCUCCACGGAAGACUAUGAUGACAUCGGGGGUGAAGAACAGGAUGAGGAGGACUACGAUGAUGUGGGAUAAACACAACACAACGAGAUGGAGACACUUUUGAAUUCUGCUGAGCAGAGAUUACCUUUACUGCAGAUUUCUCUUGUCAUUUUGUAUUUUUUUUAAUAACAUUCAUAAAAAAUAGAAAACAAUUGAAGACACUGAAAUCUGCCGAGUGGUGUCGAGACAACUGGUUUGAUCUUUAAGAGGUUUGAUUCUUUUUAAUAUAUCAAAAACUUCUGUUUUUCAUCUGAAUGUUGUAAUAAUUUUUUUUACUGAAUACAUUAACAAGCAGUGACUUGCACAGGGUCCCAGAUUACGAUGAUAUCUGGGUUUGCAAACUACACAUGAAAGCAAUCAAACAAUAUUUCUUUGUCUUCUUCUGACUUAAAUGUCAGAAGAAACCAAGAUCUUUGGUUUUAAACAUGAAGGUUUUGCAUAUAUCAUGUAUAGAUCAUUCCCAUGCUUUUUGAGAAAGAACAGAAUAUGUUUAACUGUUGCUGGAGGCUUUCGUUAUGCUCAGUUUGGAGAGAUUUGGUACUUUUUUAAUGAGCUGAACCAACUACAUCAACAGUGAAAGUAAGGUUUUUGUUGUAUGAAUAUAAAAUAAUUGUAGAAACACAAAAAAAUAUUGGAGCUUCAAAUUUGAUCCUGUUUGAAAUCUGAAAGUCUGUAAUUGCAAGAGCCCGAGAUGUUCUUCUUUCUUUAUGUGUUUGAUUUAUUUAUACACAUGAGCACUGAUAGAAGAAUAAUAUGUAAUUUUUUUGUUUUUUUGCUUCUUUUCCAAACUGAAUAUCAGUGUAAAGGGAGUCUCCCCCUGUCCAGAUCCCAAACAUUAUCAGUGAGGAGUCUGACUAUAGAUCAUAUGAUGAGUUUGUUUACUUCUGUAUAUGAGUUGGUCCGUUUGACUGGUUAAUAAAUGGGGGAAUCAGCAGGCAGUGAUGACAUGUUUGCAUGAUCACAUCCUGAGCAGUGAGUGAGUGGGGCACAGGGGCAGUGAUUACAGUGGUUGGUUAUGUGGAUGCACAGUAUCUAUACGGUCCUGCGAAAAACUAAGGAUUGAUUUGUGGUUCAGUAGCUUAUCCACAUUCAGCAGCAAUAACUCAGAGUAAUUGUUUUUUGUAUGACUUUGUCAUGGUUGUAAAAAAACUUUGCUUCACGUCUUUCGUUUACGUACAGCUCUCUUGAGGAUGCGCCACAGCAUUUUAGUCAGGCUGAGGUCUGCACUUUAAUUCUUUUCUUUUAUUCACCAUGAUGUUGUAGAUUUGCUGCUGUGCUUGGGAUCAUUGUUCUGCUGAGUCAGCGAAUUUGGGUCACGCUUUAACUGCUGGACAGAUGGCCUCACAUUUGACUCUAGAAUACUUUGGGAAAUACUUUGGUAUACAGAGGAGUUCAUGGGAGACUAAAAGGUGUCCUGUGACUGUGAAACAAGCCCAAAUCAUCACCCCUCCACCACCGUGCAUCACAGUUACUAUAGUGUGUUGGUUUUUGCCAGAUGUACUUUGCACAAUGUCCUUACAUUUGCAAGGACAUCGUUCUUGCAACUUUGCAACCCUAAUCCAAGCCACCAUGUUCAUUUUAGACAGAAGAGACUUUCUUCUGGCAACUUUCUGAACAAACCAUACUUGUUCAGUCUUUUUCUAACUGUACUGUCAUGAACUUCAACAUUUAACAUACUAUCUGUCGCCCGAGAUCUGGCACUGGGAAUUUUGCAGUUUCAUUGAGCAUUGCACCGUGUGACCCUGGCUGAAUUUCCAGGGACAUUUACGUCUGGGAAUAUCAUGGCAUAAUGUUAACACAUAUCUGAAUGCUCCAGACCAACAAACUGCCAAAUCGUCUGCUUUUGUAGAGGUGGUCACACUCUUGGCUGUCUAUUAACUGAAGAAUGGCUCAGCAUGGGUAAGAUACUGAACCUGGAGUUUCCCCUGAUACAUCCAUUGGGAUUUGAGUGCGUGCGUGAAUGUUAGAGGAGGUGCUCGGGUAUAGAAAAAGCUUGUGUGUGAUUGGGUGAAAGAGGUAGCAAAAAAGCACUUUGAGUGCCCGGUUACAGUAGAAAAGUGCUGUAUAAGUCCAUUUACCAUUUGAUUCAUAUGGAAGCAGUAAAGAUGUACUCAGUAUCUCACAGGACUGCUUAGAGUCCCACAUAUUUAAGCUGUAUGUCAGCAGGAACCAGGAUUAUAACCUUAUGUGUAUUUAUAUUUUGGGUGACUCAUCGCAGGUUAGGAAGUUACCACCUUCUUUACCUGUGCAGGUGGCAAGAGGAUGCAGGUGAGGCUGGAGAGACAAUGAGAGGAGGUGGUAGAUUGCUCCGAGGUUGCCUUUUGUCUUUAUUUCGUUGUCAUUUGUUAUUAAGAUUUUUGUUAAUAAAUGUCACUUUUUUGCACACA